GCACAAGACUAACAUAUAAAAUGUUGUUUGGCGGUGCAGUGGUGUUGCUUGCGUUAGGAUUCCAUGCUAUACAUGCCGAUGAACCAAAGUGUUUAUCUAGAUUUGAUUAUGACGAAAAAAUGCUACUGAAAUUGCUUCGCAUAGAAAAGAAACUUGAACAUAUUGAACUAUUUAUCCAAGAUAUGAAAUCAGUCGAGCUUGAAAAUUUAAAACAAACGGAUCAGCAGCUUCAAAUGGAGAUGAACGUUUUGCAAGAUAACAUGGCAACCACAGCAGAACAUAGUAACCAGACGGAGACCCUUUUAAAUGACAACAUUUCGAUAACUAACGCAUCGAUGAGUUUGCUACAAACGCAGACGAAGACUCUUUUAAAAGACUGUCAGGAUAACAUUUCAAUGAUGAAUGCAUCUAUGGGCUUAUUACAGAAGCAAAUGAAUGCGGAGAGAGGUCCUAUUAUCUCCUUUUUGGUAACGGAUCCAAAAUACGAGUCAGACAUACUUAUUUUUAGCAGUGAACUGUUAAACAACGGAAAUGCUUUUACACCUGAGACUGGCGAGUUUUUGGCACCACUUUCGGGCCUCUACUAUUUCAGCUUCAAUCUGUUGGCACCGUCAUCAAACACACGUACAUAUUGUCGUUUGUUCAAGAAUCGUUACAUUCUUGAUUUAUAUGCAUACCCAGACGGCACAACUUCUUCCUUCGAUAGUGCAAGCAUGUCGGCGUUUAUCACCCUUAAAAAGGGGGAUGUUUUUCAUGUUGGGCGUUGCGGGGGAGCUCCAAGUGUAUCAUUCGAUAGAAGUACAACAUUGACUGGCGCCUUGAUUAAAGUUGACUAUGUUUAGCUAGUGAUGAAACGAUUAUCGAGUACAAUCGAUAAAUCGUCGCUGACAAUGCUAAGUCGGCGACAAUCGAUAGUGGUUGUCCAAAAUCGAUGUCGCUAAUGUUACUUCCGGUAACUACGUAUUUUAGUUACGCGGUAAGAGAAGGGUACAUGUCAAUUUUUCCAUCCGGUAAAUUCUCGUUGAGUUCAUUUUAACAAGGGAGGUCAGUCUCUUACACAAAUGCGGUGAAUGUAAACACUUUUGCUUAAAAACUUACAGGGUCUCCCAAAAUAAAUUGUUUUUAAUUGUAUAUAUAUUUCAUAAAACCCCAAUAGUCAGUCUCUAUGGUGUAGUGGGUCCGAUCUUACCUGCAAAUACCGGGGAUCCCGGCUCGAUGCAUUCUGUUUUUGAAACCUUUUUGUGGUAUCGUUUGUUAUUAACAAAUUUACUAUUUUGUGAAGUAUUAUGAAAUUAAGAUAUUUUGAUGAAAUAUUCCAUAUUACAGGUUAUUGAAUGUUAAGCUGGUUCACAAAUAUUCAAUAUGUUUUUACAUGGAUAAAAUGCUAAGAAAACUUACUUGAUGCGGUGUGCAUCAUUAUGCAAUUGAUGUGCAAUUAUUUAGUAUGUGUUUUGAUUUUUCGUUAAGACAGAAAAGGGUUAUGGAUAUUUACUUACUGUUGCAAUAAGCACGUCUAUAGCAUCACACAUACUGAUUUUAGAUUAAACAAUUUAAAUGAUCAUGAUUAUACUAUGUUUAUAGAAUGUAUUUUCUAAAUGAUUAUAUGAACUUUCGAUUAUUGUCCGAUAGUAAAUCGAAAUACUUGAUCUGAUUCGAUUCGAUUAUCGAUAGCAAAUGGACUCCGAUUUUCAAACACUAUGUUUAGCUUAUAACAGUUCAAAAAAGUAAGUGUUUAAAAGAAUUGCUACAUUCGGCCUUUGGUCGCCUUUAAGAGUGUGAAGUUGUUUUAAGACUCGAAAUGCCCCAGUUGACCCAUUCACAACACUGAAUAGUGCUCGGAUUAAAGUGGAUGCAGUGAAAAUGCCUCAACAAGUGUCUCGUUUAAGGACUUUUUAAACGUUUGAAUUUAAACGAAAACCCAUGUGAAACAUUUGUAGUGUGUGUAUAUCACGUGAUAAAUUACGUCACAAAUUCUACGUUCGGAAAGCAAUAUUUUGCUUCCAAUAAGGAUUUAAAAAAAUAUAAUUUAUUUUUCUUCACAAUUUUAAAUGAAACAAAGGGCAGUAAAUAAUUAUAAUUAUAUGCUUCAUGCUAUGUUAAAUAGACAAGAACAACUUUAUAAUAUACUGCUUCUUAAUUUUUCCUUAAUAUCUAUCUAUAUGUUCUUUGAAAACACGUACUCCUUAAAACAUUACAUGUAAUUGUAUUGUAAAUAUUUAUUAUUCGGCCGUCUGUACAAUGCUAAAUAUGUUUAAUGGCCAAAAGUAUUGUUAUAUGCCGAUUUGUCAAUAAACUUUGAAGUUUGA